AUGUCUUCCAACGAAAACGAACUAAAUUCGGAACUCGAGUCGUUCCGACAGAAAUGGCUUUCUGAUCUUAAAACGAGGAAUGAGCAUCCUGAACCUCCUGCGGCAGGUCCUUCCAGACGGCCUCAUCAAGGCCCUAUCUCAUCGUUGCCACACAAGCCCGCUCCUGCGCCUGCUGAUGAACCUGAAGACGAAUACGUCCAGAGUCAAUCUUUUGAUCAGGAUAAACCGGCUGUAGCACAACCGGCCCAGGAGGCUCAUCAUGAUCGGAAGGGCAAGAAGCUUGUUUCGGCGCUGGAUCAUUUUGAGGAGGCGAUGCAUAAGGAGGGGCAGGGUAAUAUGGGUGAUAGUCUGAAGCUUUAUCGCAAGGCCUACCGCCUUGAUAAUGGCGUCGAUCGGAGCUAUCGUGAGAAGCACUUCCCAAAGGCAGCUCCACGACCAGUCUCACCGACAGCCACCAAGACACCCGCCCCAGCCCCAGCAAGCACAACAGAGGCAGCACCACAACCACCCAAGCCAGAAGAAGUAGUAGAGUCAAAGCCUCUACCCAUAGGUGAGCUCCUCGCCAGUUUCGCCGGCUUGAAGAUUGAAGGAGCGCCGCCUCCCGUUGAGGGCAUGCCAGAGCCGCCGUGCCCCCUUGCCGAUCUCCCCGAUGAGAUCCUCAUUCACAUUCUUCACGAGAUCGCUAUCACAGAUGUCGGAGAUUUCGGACGUCUAUCCCGCGUUUGCAAGCGUUUAGCGUACCUCGUUGCUUCAGAGCAGCGCAUUUGGCGCCGUGUAGCUCUUGGAUCAGAAGUUGGUUUCGCUUCUCAGCUGUACCGCUUCGAGAAGGGUGUAGAAUGGGACGAGCUUCCAGAGGAGGAGCAAGAAGGGCCAGAAAUCCAAGACGGCUUCGUGAUAAGCCCUUCCGAGCUUGCACAGCGCAGAGAAGAAGCCAAUAUCGUAUACACAGAGUCCUUGAUACCAUCUGUGUAUCCCUCUUGGAAGACCCUCUUCCGCUCACGACCAAGAAUCCGCUUUAACGGCUGUUAUAUCUCUACGGUCAAUUACAUCCGCCCCGGGCAAGCCUCAUCGAACCAACCGACUUGGGGAGCUCCGAUCCAUAUCGUGACUUAUUACCGAUACCUUCGCUUCUUCCGCGACGGCACACUCAUCAGCCUUCUCACCACGAAUGAGCCCGCAGAUGUCGUGCAUCACCUUACAAGGGAUGAACUCAGCACCCACCGAGUAGCACAGCCCCACCGAGGUGUAGCACAACCUCACCUACCCUCGCCAGUGAUGUCCUACGCUCUCCGCGGUCGCUGGCGCCUAUCCUCCGCCGCUGACCGAGAUGACCCUUCAACUAUAGAUCUUCCAGCCUCCGCCGUUGCAGGUGUGCAUGAUCGAGACCGUGAUCCAGAGGGCGACGUGUUCAUUGAGACCGAAGGCGUUGGAGCCAAAUAUAUGUACCGCAUGGACCUCUCGUUGCGAAGUGCGGGCAAGGGCUCCCGUAACAACAAGCUUAUCUGGCGAGGCUUUUACAGCUACAAUAAACUUACGGACGACUGGGGAGAGUUCCAUUUGAAAAACGACAAACCCUUCUUCUUUAGUCGCGUCAAGAGCUACGGAUUUGGGGAGUAG